UCCAGAAUGGCGUUCUUCCUGGAGGAGGUGAUGACUUGCACCAAGCGUCUCCUGGAGGUGAUAUCUGGCUGGCUGCCUCGACAUUUUUUCGGUGCAAUCCUGGUUUCUCUCCCAGCUCUUGCAGUUUUUUCACACUUCACCUCUGAUUUUGAAACAAAUAUACAUUACACCAUGUUUAUGUGCUGUGCCAUUCUCAUCACCAUUGUGCAGUACUGCAACUUCUGCCAGCUUAGCUCCUGGAUGAGAUCUCUGUUGGCAACCGUAGUAGGAGCAGUGCUGCUCAUUCUGCUCUACGUCUCCUUGUGUCCAGACAGCUCCGUGGAAACAUUUCAUCUAGAUCUGGCACAGAACUUUAGCUCCAGAAGGAGUCCGUGCAACAGCUCGGUGCCCAGCGACACGAAGAGGCCGGCGGACCUGAUCGGCCAGGAGGUGAUUUUGGUUUCCUUCCUCCUGCUCCUCCUGGUCUGGUUCCUGAACCGAGAGUUUGAGGUCAGUUACCGUCUCCACUACCACGGAGAUGUGGAGGCCGACCUUCAUCGCACCAAAAUUCAGAGCAUGAGGGAUCAAGCCGACUGGUUGCUGAGGAAUAUUAUUCCCUACCACGUGGCCGAGCAGCUGAAGGUCUCCCAGAGCUACUCCAAAAACCACGACAGCGGCGGGGUGAUCUUUGCCAGCAUCGUCAACUUCAGCGAGUUCUACGAAGAGAACUACGAGGGAGGCAAAGAGUGCUACAGAGUCCUGAACGAACUGAUCGGGGAUUUCGACGAGCUGCUGAGCAAACCUCACUACAGCAGCAUCGAGAAGAUCAAAACCAUCGGGGCGACCUACAUGGCGGCCUCGGGGCUGAACACCUCCCAGUGUCAGGACAACCACCAUCCCCACGGACACCUGCAGACCCUUUUUGAAUUUGCCAAAGAAAUGAUGCGCGUGGUGGACGACUUCAACAACAACAUGCUGUGGUUUAAUUUCAAGCUUCGGAUCGGCUUUAACCACGGCCCCCUCACCGCCGGGGUCAUCGGCACCACCAAGCUGCUGUAUGACAUCUGGGGUGACACUGUGAACAUCGCCAGCAGGAUGGACACCACCGGCGUCGAGUGCCGCAUCCAGGUGAGUGAGGAGAGCUACCGCAUCCUCAGCAAGAUGGGGUAUGACUUUGACUACAGGGGGACGGUCAAUGUGAAGGGGAAAGGGCAGAUGAAGACCUACCUUUACCCAAAAUGCAUGGACAACGGGAUCGUGCCGCAUCACCAGUUGUCUAUAUCUCCAGACAUUCGGGUUCAAGUGGAUGGCAGCAUCGGGCGGUCUCCAACGGACGAGAUCGCCAACCUGGUGCCUUCUGUACAGAAUUCUGACAAGGUAGCCCACGGCCCAGAGAACUCAGAAACCAAGGACAUCCUUCCCCCCGCCAAGAAGCUCCAGGCGGAGGCGGUGAGAGCAGAGGAGAGGUGCAGGUUUGGCCAAGCCGCGGAGAAGGCUGACGGUGAGGAAGCGGGAACUGAGGAGGUCAAUGAACUGACAAAGCUAAAUAUCUCUAAGAGUGUAUGAUGCACUGUCAGAGUUGCAUGAAGUGCUCUGUCAAUAGAAACACAAAGACAUUUGCA